AUGGCAGCUUGUUCCGAGGUUUUUGGUGAGGUCGCAGGUUUGGAGAUGAAUUCUCCAGCAGCUGUUGUUGAGCCUUCAUCACCAAAAGACAGUGGACCUGAUAGUGAAAAAGGGGUGGGGAAAAGUGAAAAUUCUUAUUCUGGGAUGUCUGAGGAAUCUCGUCGUGAUGCUAAUGGGGUUAAGGGCUCUGAUUUGGACUCGAAUGCCGAUUCGAAAUCGGAAUUCAAAGUGAAGGAUAUUGUUGACAUGCUGAACAAACUCAAACUGAAUCCCCGGGCUAAGGAGUUCUUUCCUUCCUCUUAUUAUUAUGGUCAAAUGGGCGCUUAUAGUGUCGUGUUCUCCAAUAAAAAUUUGGGAAAUGAUGGUUUCGCAAAUAAUCGGAGGAGAAAAAGUUAUAACAACUCAAGCAAGAAGAAAACGAGUAGCAAAUCUUCCAGAGCUCAAAGGGAAGCCAGCAUCAGGCGAACUGUCUAUGUUUCUGACAUUGAUCACAAUAUCACCGAAGAGCGGCUUGCUGCCUUAUUCAUCAGUUGUGGGCAGGUUGUUGAUUGCCGAGUUUGUGGUGACCCGCAUUCCCGCCUCCGCUUUGCUUUUGUGGAAUUUUCUGACGAACAUUCAGCUAAGGCUGCUCUUACCCUUACUGGGACACUGUUGGGUUUCUCUCCUAUUAAGGUUUUGCCUUCCAAAACUGCCAUUCUUCCUGUGAACCCUACAUUCCUCCCAAGGUCAGAGGAUGAACGUGAGAUGUGUGCCAGAACAGUGUACUGUACAAAUAUUGAUAAGAAGGUCUCUCAAGGUGACGUGAAAAGUUUUUUCGAAACGAGAUGUGGCGAGGUUUCUCAAUUGAGGCUGUUGGGAGAUCACAUGCACUCGACACGAAUUGCUUUUGUUGAAUUCGUCAUGGCAGACAGUGCAAUACUGGCUCUCAACUGUUGUGGUCAACUUCUGGGAUCUCAGCAUAUCAGGGUGAGUCCUUCAAAGACACCAGUGAGGCCGCUGGGUCCUCAGAGUCCCGGAAUGCAGUAA